UGAUUCUCCAAAAACUAAAGCAGACAGAAAAACUGGAUUGAGCACGCCUGCACCCCUGCAUGCUCACUUUCUCCUUCCCCUUCUCCUCUGAACUGUGAUGUUGCCGUUCCUCCGAUUGCCCGUCGCGCAAUUUCUACUCUACUAGACUAGGUACCAAGUACGUACAACUACGACGCAACAAUCUGCAGCGAUGAUUGUUCCAUCGAUUGACAAUAUCCCUAAAAAUCGUUGCUAAUCUCAGGAAGGGAAGCAUUCCCGUUCAACAUCCUCUGCAUACUUAUAUAUAUUAAUAACUAAUGGAUUGAACAAGAAGUAUGGAUCAUGUGGAUGAACAUUUCCAAGAAAAACUAGCAAACGACUGUAGUCCUACUUUUCGUUCUAUUCUUCCAUUUCCAUAACCAUAUGACUAAAUCUAUAAUGAGUAGAAAAUCUAAGUCAUUGGUACACCGAUGAAACAACCUCUAGAAGUAAAAUAUACGUGAAUAAGUUUAAGUGAACAAGCAAGAAGAAAAUCUUAAAGGAGCAGCAAGCCUCGCUGUGCAAAAUCGAUUCCGCGUAAUAAAACAAAGAGAGUGCAAAACAGAAUGGGCGUGUGUACAAUUAGAGAGCCGUCAAUUCAGAAUGUCGGAGUGCACCCACGACCUGUUCUUACGGAGCAGUCGCUGUCGCAAAAAUCCUACGUCAGGGCGAAAUUGCUGGUGAAGAUUCUUGUGGCCAUCACAUAGUGGCGGGGGUGAUACCAAGAGCAGUAGCAUGAGAGCAGCAAUAAUUUUGCGAGCUGACGUUUAAGACACGAUUCUGCUGAAAAACUACAACACGCAUUCCACGCUACGGCAACGGCAACGCCAUAGCCUACACGAAUAAGAACAACUGCCUACCGUUGGAGGUCAACAUAGAAAACGGAAGAGCCGACAUGAGCAAUGGGUAACAGCUUGACGCGUGUUUGCGAGGAGCCUUUCCGGGUUUGCGAGGGGGGCGACUUGGAGCUUGGAGAAUCACCAUUGAUUAUGACGCACUUAUCUAUUUAGGACCACGUUUUUUGGUACAACUACAAUUGGGUUCUCGGGUUCGCCAUUCGCUAUAUGAAAGAGCACCGAGCAAUGGGCUCUCUUCCUUGCUCUUCUUUAUCUUUGCUUGUAAAUGGACAUGGAGGUAAAAAGUAAAGCUCAAGACUUAGAAGUAGUUGGUUCUAAAAUCUAGAUAAAAUGUUGCGAUAGCGGACAGGUGAUCCGGUUCCAGACGUUGCAGGUGUUUACGUCCGAAGUAAUGCAGCGACGGACUUGUGUAUGGCCAGGAUCCGUUCAUUCUACUUCAUCUUCUGCUGCUGUGUUCAUAACUGAGCAUAUCAAAAUGAGUCAAUAUCUGAGACGGGAUCCCCACCGUAAGAGUCAGCGAACGCCCCCCGCGGAUCGUCACGCGUCACGCCUCUAGCGUGACGCAUAUGAAUCCCGGGGGGAUUGGGUGUUUUUUCGCCAUGCGUGCUCUAGCGUGACGCAUAGGAAUCUCGUGGGGCCUGGGUGCUUUUUGACGAUGUGCGCUUUAGCGUGACGCGUGGGAAUCUCAUCGGGGUCGGGUGUCUUUUCCGCGUGCGUUCUCUAGUGUGACGCAUGGGAAUCCAAUGCAGACCAGGCGCCCCUUUGCCAGUGUGUAAGCGUGAAAGGGUUCACCCUUGAGGGCAGGGCCCUCAUGAUCGGAAAGACUUCAGCUGGGUGUCCUCUAUUCGGAUUGAGGGCCCUCCCUUGAAGGUCCUCAUGAUCGGAAGGCCUUCAUCUGGGAGCCUUCUCAGAGUGAGGGUUCUCCCUUGAAGGUCCUCUCUCUCUCAUGAUCGGAAAAGCUUCAUCUGGGGGCCCUCUCAGAGUGAGGGUUUUCCCUUGAGGGUCCUCAUGAUCGGAAAGACUUCAGCGGAGUGCCCUCCAUUCAGAUUGAGGGCUCUCCCUUGAAGGUCCUCAUGAUCGGAAGGCCUUCAUUUGGGAGCCCUCUCAGACUGAGGGUUCUCCCUUGAAGGUCCCCUCUCAUGAUCGGAAGAGCUUCAUCGGGGGGCCCUCUCAGAGUGAGGGUUCUCCCUUGAGGGUCCUCAUGAUCGGAAAGACUUCAGCUGGGUGCCCUCUAUUCAGAUUGAGGGCCCUCCCUUGAAGGUCCUCACGAUCGGAGGGGCUUCAUCUGGGAGCCCUCGCUCUCAGAGUGAGGCUUCUCCCUUGAAGGUCCUCUCUCAUGAUCGGAAGAGCUUCGUCUGAGGGCCCUUUCAGAGUGAGGCUUCUCCCUUGAGGCUCCACAUGAUCGGAAAGACUUCGGCUGAGUGUCCUCUAUUCAGAUUGAGGGCUCUCCCUUGAAGGUCCUCACGAUCGAAGGGGCUUCAUCUGCGAGCCCUCUCAGGGUGAGGGUUCUCCCUUGCGGGUCCUCUCUCAUGAUCGGAAAGACUGCAUCUGGGAGCCCUCUCAGAGUGAGGGUUCUCCCUUGAGGGUCCUCAUGAUUGAUCGGAAAGACUUCAGCUGGGUGUCCUCUAUUCAGAUAGAGGGCCCUCCCUUGCGAUCCUCAUGAUCGGAAGGACUUCACCUGGGAGCCCUCUCAGAGUGAGGGCGCUCCCUUGGAGGUCCUCUCGCAUGAUCGGAAGAGCUUCAUCUGAGGGCCCUCACAGCGUGAGGACUCUCCCUGAAGGGUCCGCAUGAUCGGAAAGACUUCAGCUGGGUGUCCUCUAUUCAGCUUGAGGGUUCUCCCUUGAAGGUUCUCACGAUCGGAGGGACUUCAUCUGGGAGCCCUCUCAGGGUGAGGGUUCUCCCUUGAAGGUCCUCUCUCAUGAUCGGAAGGGCUUCAUCUGCGGGCCCUCUCAGAGUGAGGGUUCUCCCUUGAGGGUCCUCAUGAUCGGAAAGACUUCAGCUGAGGGCCCGAGGGUCCUCAUGAUCUGAAGGUGGGGCCUUCAUCUGCAGGCCCCUUCCUGAGCGUCACGCGAAAAGCGUGGCGCCUUGUCUCUGGUAAGUCUGUAGGGUACAUGCAACAAAAGCGUCACGCUUUUCGCGUGACGCGUCACGCUUUUCGCGUGACGCUCGAACCAAGAUGGGGCAAGCUCUCAGUAGUAUUCCGGGGGGGAAGGCGUGGCGUCUUAUGUAGGACCGCGGGGGGCGUUCGCUGACCCUUACGGAUCCCCACCUCUGCAAUUGAGAAGUACACAUCUGAUGACUGUAUUAUCAAAAUUAUAGACCUCUUUGCCAACGUUGUACUAUUAGUUCCAUUUCCAUUUUCGCGUGCUUUCUUCUAAUUAUCAUUCAGAAAUUGAAGCGCAUGGCGGGUGGUGCUGACGUACCAGGGAAAACGGGUAUGGAGUGAGAAACUAAUCGAAUUAAAGACGAACACGAAGCAAGUGAUCAAAAUAGGUAGAAAAUUUUUAGAGAGCGGUACGUAUAGGUUGACUGCCUUGAGCUUCCCGAAUUAUCGGGGACACUGUGGCUUGUGAAAGUACCUUACCUCCUCAAUAUGAUCCUCUUCAUCUCCGCAAUUUACUGAGAGUAGUUAAAUGACAAUCACAACAUCUAUGUCUGAAUCUGACUGAAAAUUUCAUGAGAAGUCGGCCAAGAAGGAAAAACUCGGGAAGCCCGAUGUCGCCCAAGAGUCUAGGAACAGGAGUGAAGCCGGUAGUUGAGGGAAAAGUCAUCGCGUCUGCCAUGAAGACAGAAUGGGGGACAACAGCGGCCGCUGCGACAGACAUGGUACAACUUUCUGGACUAGUAGCACGCCUCCCCCUUAACUUACUAUUUGUAUUUCUGUUACGUCGUAAAAAACUACUAAAUAACGUUUCAUAAUUUUUCUUAUCUGCAUGUUUUUCCUCGCAUUAAUACAGUUUUUGUGAGUAAUAUGUGUGGAGGUAGAAUACUACGCAUUAUUUGACUAGUCGUGUCCCGUGUGUUCAGCGGUGCAAGACACGAAAAAGGUGAAAGAGGGAGAGGGAGCUGCUAGGAGCGGCAGAGACAGAGUCUGUGAGGGUCAGCGGCGACGGCUCCACUGUUACGCACUGGUCCCCUACCCGUCGAAACCUCGGCGUUCACGCCGCAAAGGCGCCAGCGGAACUCUGAGGUGCCAAACCCUGACAUCGGCCAACCCUGAGGCGUGAAGCCCUGACAUUUCCAAACUCUGACCCGCGAAACUCUGGCGUUGUAAACCCUGAGGCGCCCAAGCCUGACAGUCGAAAAACUGACCCCCGGAACUCUGAGGUGCCAAACCCUGACAUCGCCCCACUCUGAGGCCUGAAGCCCUGCCAUUCGAAAACUCUGACCUGCCAAACUCUGGGGCUCCAAACCCUGGCAUCGCCCAACUCUGAGACGGAAAACCCUGACUGGCGGAACGCGGGGGGGGGGCACGCCUUGACAUCGGCCAACCCUGAGGCGCGAUACCCUGACAUUCCCAAACUCUGACCCGCGAAAUUCUGGGGUUGUAAACCCUGACACUGCCCAGCCCUGAGGUGGAAAGCCUUGACAUUCGAAAACACUGACCUGCGGGACUCUGAGGCGCCAAACCCGGACAUCGCCCAACUCUGAGGCCCGAGGCCCUACCAUUCGAAAGCCUUGACCUGCCAAACUUUGGGGUUCCAAACCCGGCCAUCGCCCAAGCUUGAGGCGGAAAACCCUGACUGGCGGAACUCUGGGGAGGCAAGCCUUGACAUCGGCCAACCCUGAGGCGCGAAGCCCUGACAUUCCCAAACGCUGACCCGCGAAGCUCUGGGGCUGUAAACCUUGACACCGCCCAGCCCUGAGGCGGAAAGCCCUGACAUUCGAAAACACUGACCCGCGGAACUCUGAGGUGCCAAGCCCUGACAUUGCCCAACUCUGAGGCCCGCGACCCUGCUACUCGAGAACUCUGACCUGCCAAACUUUGGGGUUCCAAACCCUGCCAUCGCCCAACCCGGAGGCGGAAAACCCUGACCGGCGGAACUCGGGGGGGGCAAACCUUGACAUCGGCCAACCCUGAGGCGCGAAGCCCUGACAUUCUGAAACUCUGACCCGCGAAACUCUGGGGCUGUAAACCUUGACGCCGCCCAACCCUGAGGCUGAAAACCCUGACACCCGAAAACACUGACCCGCGGAACUCUGAGGUGCCAAACCCUGACAUCGGCCACCUCUGAGGCCCGAAGCCCUGCCAUUCGAAAACUCUGACCUGCCAAACUUUGGGGUUUCAAACCCUGCCAUCGCCCAACCCUGAGACGGAAAACCCUGACUGGCGGAACUCUGGGGAGGCAAACCCUGACAUCGGCCAACCCUGAGGCGCGAAGCCCUGACAUUCCAAAACUCUGACCCGCGAAACUGUGGCGCUGUAAAGAAACCCUGACACUGACCAACUCCGAGGCGGGAAACCCUGACAUUCCCAAGCCCUGACAUGCAAAACUCUGAGGCGCUAUACCUUGGCAGUGGCGAACGCUGAGGCCGUGAACUCUGGCAUGCCGAACCCUGAGACGCAAAACCCUGGCCACCGCUUUACCCUGCAAAACCUUGAGAACUGGAUCCUGACAUUUGUGCCCAUUUUUGCAAGCCUUGAGAUGCCAAUCCCUGACACGACCGCGAUUUAGCCCUCACUGGCAACCCUGAGAUUCCUUGGCUUUCCCCUUAAAACCCUGAGAGUCUUGGCCCAGGUUUUUGUGCCCCUUGUGAUUCUCCUUGCUCGCCGUUAAAACCCUGACGUCAGCCCUCGACUUUUGUCGAUCAUUAAUACAGAGGGAGUAGGCUUCAGACUUGGCUUCUUGAUACAAGCAACAGAAGUGAAUUUGUAUGAUGGUAAAUCCAAGAACAGAUGAGUACAUGGGGUGGCGCCACUCCCGCAGUAUGGGAGCUGUAUCCAUGGCGAGAUUAUCGAUUUCGUUCGAAGAAAACUUGGAUUGGCAGAGCGGCGGAUAGCCCUGUUGUUAUUGCUACAAGGAAUACUGCUCUUGUUUAGUGUUUUUUAAGUACUUAUUUCGGAAUUGUAAGUCUAAGUUAUGGAAUUCAGUGCAAUUACGUGGUCUCUUAGUACUCCGCGCAAAAACUACACUUGAGCCCUCCGGUGCGUCCUGAUCACGUUUUGUGCUGCUUUUCCAGUUCGAAAGUGUAUGCACGUAUGUACUUUAACAAUUUCAGAAGUACCUAAUAAAUUCCCAAGCUCUAAGAAUGUGUACCUUUUUUCUGUUUGUACCCAUCUGGAUGAGCGCGUGAAGCCACGAGUGAGCGAAGAUGUAGCGGACGUCGAGACGGCACAAAAGUACGCACACAAGUUCAAUAUGCAGAUCGGUGGGAAUGCUGUUGCGACAGAAAACGGUUUGCAAUCCUUUGCCCUCGGGGGCCAACUCGGCGGUGGCACUGGCGAUACGGCGCGUAGUAAGGGUAAAUUCAACGCAUAUGACAAGCUCGAGAUGCUAGCUAGUCUUAAGGGAAGCGGACCACGUGGAUCCGCUGCCGCGACUACGAAAACGAAUUAUGGAGCCUUUCCCGAUGCGGGCAUGCGAGUAGAGGUCAUACGCAGUCUGGAGUGUGAGGUAAUGGAGAGCGGCAUGUCAGUCCUCAUACAACCAGGGGACUUCGGAAUCCUCACGCCGCUGCCUCAAGCGGUCCUACAGGAAGGUGGCGGAAGCGGCGAGGGCAUGAUCGAUAAAUUUUUGUUCGAUGGUCGCGAACCAUAUUGCGAGAUCGCGCAGACUUUUUUCCACUACAGUUUUUUCAUUUCCGGUGGAAAGGAGAUCGUCACCGACCUUCAGGGAGUCCUCACGGACGACGCUCUUUACGGCUACCUCUAAUCCAUCUCUAUGCUGCGGAUCCCUCAAGCGGAUACAAAAGAAAAACCCCUGACACAUUGCACCGGGAUGGAUUAGGGAUAGCUCUAAGCUCUUCUUUUGAUAGAUCCUGUCGUGCUGCGCAGUUCGGCAUUCGGUUCAGGGACGUACGUCGACGGCGACGAUUUGAAUACAAUCUUCUCAACAUUGUACCCCAAAACCACUCGAACAGCCCAAAUAUUUGACCCCCACAAGACUGCACACUCGCGCAAACAGGUUUGUGGCAUUUCCUGUUACUGA